AUGUCGGAAGAGAGCGCCUCGAGACGUCUCAGCGCUCUCAAAGACUUGCAUGUCAGUUUUGUGGUCACGGACCCUAAACAGCAGGACAACCCUAUAGUAUAUGUUAGCGAUGCCUUCCUUGAGCUGACGGGUUACACCCGUAAGGAGGUGCUUGGACGAAAUUGCAGAUUCCUUCAGGGUCCGGGGACUGAUAGAGGAGCAGUUGUGAAGAUACGUGAUGCUAUUAGACAAGAAGUUUAA